AUGGAGACAAUGAGUGAUGUUUCCGGUGUUUUAACGCAAGUAAAGGCAUUUCUUGACAUUCCAUUACAAAGCAUCCCACAGACCGCGCUUCCGUGGGCAGUGAUUUCUUCCACAAUUGAUGCCAGCCAAAGCAGCAGCAGAUCUAAUAUCAAGAACAAUACAUCGCUCGGAGAGAUGAAUCACAGUCUCGAAACUGGAAUUGUUGAUCUCUACGAGUCAAUGCUCUUCUAUCAGAUCAAAAGCGUCUGUUUCUAUUACAAAAGUCAACUUCUCGUUCUGCUCCGGGGCUUUCUCGAUUUGGAUGAGUGGAGCGGGAACCUGAAUGCUGUCAAAGAUGCAGAAAAGGUGCUUCAAAACGACUUCACUCUCUAUAACCAGGAACACAUUAAGGACCAGAUCAGACAGGUAACUAUAGCCAGUGAGCACCAGAAAAAAUUAGACGAAUACCGCAACUGUCUGCAGUCUCUCCGCUGGAUUGACCCUCGUGCUGAGAUCGGAGAUAUACAAGCCCGAAAUGAGAGCAUCAUAGAAGAGCUGUAUACGUGGAUUCUUCUGACGGAUGAGUACAGACAGUUCAGCAAGUGGGAUAAUAUUACACCUGCACGUUUGUGGGUUAGUGGUCAGGCAGGAACUGGAAAGACGAUGCUCUUGAUCGGCAUCAUAAAAGAUCUGAUCUCUCGUGGACUUGUUGAUACAGAACGUCCAUUGAUUCUAUAUUUUUUCUGUCAAGCCACGAAUGACCAAGCCAACAACGGCGUUGCGGUUCUACGCAGUCUAAUAUGGCUGUUGCUUCUGGAACAACCACUCCUGAUUUCACACAUUCAGAAGGAAUACUUUCAUUCGGCAAGCAGGCUGCUUACGGAUAAAAAUGCGUUCACAACUCUACGUGACAUUCUCAGAAAGAUGCUGGAGGAUAAAUCUUUGAAACGAGCCAUCAUUAUCAUUGAUGCCAUGGAUGAAUGCGAGGAGAAAAGCAGAGAACUACUGACUAGAUUCAUCGAUGAUGCGUCCUCGGCAGAAGAGCUGCUCAAUGUAAAGUGGCUCGUCUCCAGCCGGCCACUGCCAGAAAUACCAGCAAGUGUGCAGGACCCCACUCUGCCCACACACAGUCUUCUGAAGCUCGAUGGACAUGACAUGUCGCACUCUAUCGACAGGUAUAUCGAUAUCAAGAUGGUUCAGCUCAGGCAUAAGGCACGUAAGAAGAAUCGUGUCGAGGAAAUAGCUGCUAAAUUGAAAGCUGAAGCAAGCAAUACUUAUAUCUGGGUGUCAUUAGUCUGCAGAGAGCUCAUUAACGCCCAUGAAUUCAUGUGGGCCGAAAUUGUCGACAAAAUUCCAAAAGAUUUGGAAGAUCUCUAUGGCUACCUACUCGAUAGAUUGGCCAAUUUAAACUCCGAAAUUAUGUCUUCAUGCUGCAGGAAUGUCCUCAUGGCUGCUAUGAUUGCCAAAGAUCCCCUGGCCUUGUCCGAGAUUGAAAUUCUCGCAGAACUUCCAGAAGGUGAGGAUACAGCGGAAGCAGUCGUCCAGGAGUGUCGUUCCUUUCUGACCAUUCGAAACAAUACCGUGUACCUGGUCCAUCAAUCAGCGCAAGAUUAUCUGCAAAAGCAUUAUCGAAGACUCUACAAUGUCUCUUCGGCCACGCUUCAUCACCAAAUGUAUAAAAGAGCCCUCCAUGGUUUGAGAAAGAACUUGAAACAAAACAUAUAUGGCGUGUCUCAUUACGGGAUUGCGAUAGAAGAUGUGCAAAUCCCCAAUCCAGACCCUUUGAAUUGUGUUCGGUAUGCAUGUCGCUACUGGGUCUAUCAUCUGGUUCAAAGUGGCUGCACGUUCACAGACAUGGAGGAUAUCCUUUCGUUCUUCAACACACACUUCCUUCACUGGCUAGAGGCAAUGGGUUUGCUGGGGCUGUUUCCCGAUAUUGUGAGGCUUGUCGGUCAAUUGAAAUCCAAUGCAGAAACUGAGAACGUGCCGGUACUGUUGGAAUUUCUAAUGGACGCCGAAAGAUUUAUCUUGCAGAACCUGCCAAUUGCGACCGCAGCGCCUCUUCAGCUCUAUGUCUCCUGUCUUAUAUUCUCGCCCGAGAGAAGUAUCGUCAGGUGCAUGUUCGGAAAGAAAGCCUGCAAAUGGAUCCUGCGAACAGUUGGCGCUGAUAUGGAAUGGGGCGCACUGCUCCAAACACUUGAGCAUUCCCAUAGGCUAUUGGGGUCUGCAUCAUUCGAUGGCGUGGUGAAGGUGUGGGAGAAGGGGACGUGGAGACUUAGGUGGGAAUGGCGACCUUCGGGCCCAACAUCAUCGCUCGCACGCACGACAUUUUCUCUGAAUGGUCGGGUAUUGGUAGCAGCCACAAUACGCGCCCAUGCUCCUAAUAUAGUAGCUCUGGUGAAUAUAGAGACCGAUACUAUAGUGCACGAGCUCGCUCACUUGGGCAAGAUCACGAAUGUGGCAUUUUCCCUAGACAAUCGGAUGUUGGCCUGUACCUCAGAUGAUAGGACUAUCACACUGUGGGAUACUGCGACGUGGAUUAUCAAGCACACAAUUCAUGACGAACAUGUGCUUGAUUUGACCGUCUUUUCCCCGGAUAGCAAUCUCAUCUCUGCAGGUCCAUUGCAAAACUCUGUUCAACUGUGGAGUACAAAAAGUGGAACGCUAGAACAAACACUAAAGGGUCAUGCUGACUAUGCUACAACUGUUACCUUCUCGCCUAACGGCCAGUUGGUGGCAUCUGGGUCACAUGAUAAGACAGUCAAGCUAUGGAAAGUGACCCCGGGGAAGGAGGAGCCAAGCCUGGACUAUCACUCAGAGCCAAUAGAAGGUGUGAUACUUUCACCGGAUGGUCGGCCACCACGAGGAAGUGACAGCAGCUGCUUUCUCUCCAAGCAGCAAGCUACUCGCCUCUAG